AUGUACAAGAAGAAAUCAAAAGGUUUAAAGAAACCAAUGGAAUAGUUCCCAAGAAUAGAAAAGGGAAACAAAAAGCAAUUCAAGAAACUAUACCAGACACUCCUAGAAUGGGAAGAUUUGUUAAAGAAAAUCUUACACAAUUGGAAAGAGUAUUACAAGAAGAAAAGAAAAAUAAUAGCAAAAAAAUUGAAAAAGGCUUAAAACAGUUAAGAUAUAGACUUCAAACUAUUGAAGAUAACUACAAAUAUAUAUCGAACUUAUCAGAUGAAGAAUUAGAGACAUUAACAGAGUCAGAAGAUCAACAAGUGUGGAAAAAUAAAGAUGUGAUUGAACAAAUAGAAGAAGAAUAUCAAUUUAAUAAAUAUACAUUAUUAAAUAUGACGAAAGAAAAGUUCAAUCAAAUGCCACAAUGGGAACAACAAAUAGCAAUGAGAAACUUCUUGAUAGGAUCAGAAUUCUCAAGCAAAAAAGUAAGAAAACAAUUUCAGGAUAAGUAUAAAGAACUAUUAGCAUCAUCAUUAGAAAACCAAGGAAAAAUGCAUGAUGAUGAUAAAGUAGAAAAAAGGUUUGUAAAAGACCAAAAACUAAUAAGAGGAAAACCGCAACCUGAACUGUUCUCACCAGAAGGUGCUACUCAUAAUAG